AUUUUUAAAUAUGCUUUAGCAAUCUUGUUGUUGAUUUCUUUUUGCCAACACCCCAAACUAAGCACACACCCCAUCCCUUCCAACUUUGAGUCUUUUGAUCCUGUGACCUUCUCCCCCUGCAUCUAUAAUGUGAGUUAAACUAAUAAGAAACACCUUCCCUCCCCCCUUUAGCUGUUUUGGAUUGGAAAACUAAUUAAAGUACAUUAAUUGUAAUUAGAAAUUGCAUUGAACAGCUUUCCAGUGUGCCUAGGCUAGUUCUACUUUUGGGGGAAGUUUUUGAGGAAAAUUUCUUAGAAAAUUAGACUUUUGAGUAUUCUGGAUUAUAGAAAUAAAAUCCAAUAAGGAAACAAGACUCAGAAACAUAAAUGACUGGAUCUACUCUCAAACCACAGACAAUUUUUAUCUGAAUUUGAAUUGAAUUUUAUCUGAAUUGUUGUUGGUUUGCAUACACAAGAAAUGAAGACAGUGAUUUUUAGUAAGGUUUUAAAGUUUGGGAUGACUUUUUUUUUUUAAUUUGGAGAUAGUAUAAACGAAUUUGGAGGGGUAUACUUCUCCAGAAAGGAGAUGCUGCAACUGCAUCGGUAAUAAAUUCACCAAAAUAAUGUUUCCCUAAGCUGAUACAGGGUGAUGGGAGUCAGGGAACUCUCUCUAUCCUUGCUUCUUUGUCCCUCUUCUUAUCUCCCUGAGGACUUGGGGUGGAGGAGAAUCACAAGUAAUUAACUAUUUUCUUUUUAACUCCUACCAGAAAGGAACAUUUGCAAUUGUCCCUAGUCUCCCUUGAUCUCUCUCUCUCCCUCUCCUUUCCUCCUGCUCUCUCUCCACACUUCUUUCCCCACGUUCUCCCCCAUCCCCCUUUCUCUCACUAUCUCCCUCUUUCCCUUUCCCUCCAUUCAAACACAGAUACUCCUACUUACUUAAAGGCAGCCCCUUUGACCUAAGGAGAUUAUUGUAGAUGCAUGAAGGACACAGCAAGCUCUCCAUGCUUUUCAAGUAAGAGAUUUAGUUCCAAAAUAGGACACUAAGCUUUUCAGCCUCCUGCUUAUUUACCUAGUCAGCAGGAGGCUGUGUCUCUGGGUGCUUAGUGGACUCCUGGGGAAUCAGAGGGGAAACAAAAGGAAGUAGUGACAGCCUCUUCAAAUGUGGGAGUCUGUACCAUUAAAGGAAGUAGUUGCUAAUAAGGGCCUGUGAGACCCAGGUUUCCUUGGUUUCCAUGACAGUUAUUAGGUACCACAGAAAUUGAAUUGUCUCCCACAAUGCUCUUGGGGGAGAAGGGGUGCUCCCGGUGACAAAGCAAUGUAGUUAUGACUUGCAAUAAAUCGUCCUUCUGAGAAUGUAAAAGAGAACAAAACAAAACAAAAUCUCCCCAGAUUCUUGGGUCUUGCCUUGUUUUCCCCUAAUUUGGUACACUUGACUUUUGGGGUAGAAGACCCUGGCUGGUGCUGCACAGUGUCUCAAACACUAUUUUCCCCUUUUUGUUUAGAACUGAGCUUUGGCAAAGCAAGGAUGUGAACAAUUACACAGGUGGGCUACUCAGGGGGAGUGAAGAGAUCAGGCAGCCAAUCAGGGACUGGCAACCUCCAGCACUGCCAACAUGCCCCUCCAGCAGAUUUCUGUAAUCCCAGCGAGGGAGACUGCCAGCAAUGGGAGAAGUUCAUUGGGCAGAAACAAAGAGAAGAGCAAGGAAGUGGAGAAUUUCAGAAAUUGAAAAGGGAUAAGUGGAAGGAGAAAAUGUUGGGCUGGUGUGAAGCGAUAGCCCGUAACCCUCACAGAAUCCCAAAUAGCACGAGGACACCUGAGAUCUCAGGAGAUCUGCCUGAUGCAUCACAAAAUUCAACUUUGAAUGACAAAUCUCCAGGGCGUUCUGCAAGUCGGUCAAGUAACAUAUCUAAGGCAAGCAGCCCAACUACAGGAACAGCUCCCAGAAGCCAGUCUAGGUUGUCUGUCUGCCCAUCCACUCAGGACAUCUGCAGAUCUUCCACUUUGCAUGAUUUGUCAGAAGAUACAUUUGAGCAUACCACCCCUGUCAUGGUGCUGACCCCUCCUUGUAGGGAGUCUAAUAAGAAACAAUUGAAACCGAGGUUUAGGCGGAGGAAGAGAGAGGCUUCAGAGAGAUAUGAGCAUGCAGAAAAGCAGAGGAAAGGGAAGAAAAGUAAGUUCCACCUCCCCAUCUCAAGUCCUCGAUGGAGUGAAUUCCAUAAAGAGAUGUCGGAUUCUUCUUCCACUGAUGAAAAUCAAUGGGUUCAGGCUCGGCAAAGAGCCCAAGAAAGAAGUAAGAUUCCCCGAAGAGGAAGAAGAAGUAAUAACAGGACAGGCAGAAACCUGGAUGGGUCUCCAACUUCUAACACCCUUGAGGAUGUCCAUCUAAGGGCCAGAGAGAAUCAAGAGCUGACUGAAUAUGAGAACUGUUCUUUAAAUCACCGUAGGAGUAAAGGCAAGAAAUAUAAAGAAUAUAGCCUUUCCCCACCUCUCACAUCUCCUGAAGCAAAGAGUUUCUCCAAAGACCUGGGGAGAAAUAGAAGCAAAUGCCACCAUGGAGACCCGCAGUCCUUGGCUAAUCUCAGGCAAAGCGAAGGCCCCAGAGAAAUCUUUUCCAAGAGAGAUUCAGGCACAGAGACAAGGCUACCACUUUCACACCUUGAAGAACCAGUGGAUGCAAAGAUCUGUUCUACCCCAUAUGAUGACAGGUGUGAUGAUUCAGAAGUGUGCAGGAUCUGUCACUGUGAGGGAGACGAUGAGAGCCCCCUUAUCACACCAUGUCGCUGCACAGGAACCCUACGGUUUGUUCACCAGGCUUGCCUGCAUCAGUGGAUUAAGAGUUCAGACACACGCUGCUGUGAGCUCUGCAAGUAUGACUUCAUCAUGGAAACCAAGCUGAAGCCUCUCCGAAAGUGGGAGAAACUACAGAUGACGACAAGUGAGAGGAGGAAAAUAGUCUGCUCUGUCACAUUCCACAUUAUUGCUAUCACCUGUGUCGUGUGGUCUUUGUAUGUGUUAAUAGAUCGGACUGCAGAGGAAAUCAAGCAAGGGAAUGACAACGGUGUCCUUGAAUGGCCAUUCUGGACAAAACUAGUUGUGGUAGCCAUUGGCUUCACAGGAGGCCUUGUCUUCAUGUAUGUCCAGUGCAAAGUCUAUGUGCAGCUGUGGCGAAGGCUGAAGGCCUACAACCGUGUGAUCUUUGUGCAGAACUGCCCUGACACUGCCAAAAAGCUGGAGAAGAAUCUCCCCUGUCAUGUGAGCACAGACAUCAAGGAUGCGGUGGUGGUGCCCGUGUCCCAAACGGGCACAAAUGCUUUGCUGACCACAGAGGGUGGAACCCCAGAAGUCAUACCGGUCUGAUGGCAUCAGUGUACCUUGUUUCACCAGUCUGAAAGGUUUUCCAGCCCUCAGUGACUAGAGAGAGCAGAAGUGAUUUUGCAUUGUUUCCCCCAUCCCAGUCCCAGCUACCCGACUCCUUAAGCACCCUCCAAGAACACAAAAGAUGCAUCAGAUGAUAUGGGCCAAGUCCAACAAAAGACCAGGAUCCCACAACGCUGGGGCCUAAAGUGGGAUGUGGACAUGUAUGUAUAAAGUCUGUUUAGAGAAUUCUUUCUGAAAGAAUGCAAACAAACUCUUUGUGGCAAGGUACGCUUUUUAACAUAAAUGUCAAGAAACUGCCUGGAAACUUGUCACGGAUCACAGUAGCAAGAGGAAAGUGGGGGAAGGAUGAAGACUUGAAUUUCAGCGUGUGUUACUUCUAGGGUCUUUUCUGACAAAAGAAUUCAUCUUCAAUACUGACUGGAAUAGCAAAUACAUCCGGCUUAAAAAUCUUUAAAAGUUGCUUGCAUUAGUCCUAAAUCAAAUCAGGAACAGACUUUCAAGAGGAUGGACUAGAUGAUUUCUACGGUCCCUUGCAUUAGUAAAAUUCUAUAAUUCUAUAAAGGAUGCAUAUUUUUCUGAGACUUCACACUUUGACGGCAAAUAGAUUUUUACAGCUACGCUGGAGCCUGAUUGUUUUGACAGCUGCAUGAGUUAGAAAUAGAUGCAAUUACACAUUUGAUUGUGUACAAUGAAAUGUUUUUGAGAAAUGAUAUUCGACAAAUAUUUAUGAAGAACAGAGUUUCACAAUAUUUUUUUGUUUUAUCUUUCAUGAAAAUGCCAACCAAAAUUCCAAGCCAACAACUUGGUCCUAUGUCUUCUCUGCUGCCACCAAAACAGAGAUGACCGCCUUGGAUACAAUGUUUGAAUAUUUUUUAGAACAGAAGCUUCAUUGCGUGUUGUAUUAAAAGGAUUCACUAGUGUAUGAUUUUUACAAAGCAUUCAAUUUAGUUCAAUCCAAGUACCCUGCUUGAAUGGUUAAAGAGUGUUACCAUGUCCCUAACAGGUUAAAAACCAGAUGCAAGCUGCAACAUUAUGUAAAGUGGUAGAAAUAACCCAUUUCUGCUACUUUGAAGCACCUGGGAAUGGAGGGUCAUUUAAAGUUGCUUUUGGUUACAUACACAGAGAGCCUCUGAAGUAGUGCCCAGAUGAGAAGUUGUUGGGCAGUGAUGACAGGGCAUCCAGACCCUUUAAAAAGGCCAGUGUCUGCUUUGCUCUGUUGGUUUUGGUGAAUCCCACUCUGAGAGAACUGAGUUCUCCAAGCUGGACAGCUCUGUUGUUAUUGUGUUCUUUGCAUAUUCAUGUAAAACUAAAGUGUGAAUGACAUUGCAGUGAGCUAGACUAAUGAUCCUAGGUAUAAUGGUGUGCUCAAAGAAAGAUGUCGUACAUAAAAAAAAAGAAAAAAAAAGUGUGAUUUGCUUUUGUUAAUUGUCAUAUUUAUUAUUGUGGCAAAGAUAGCCAUGGUGGCCAUAAAAACCAGUGCAUGGUUUGCACAAGUUUAAUUAUCACGCUGAUGCAAUUUGUAAUUACCUGAGUUUCCUCUGUGCUCUCGUGGUUGAAGGAUUUUGUCAUAGGAAGAGGAAAUCAAAAACCCUUCCAGGAGGAGAUGGACUAUGCUAACUGGUAGCAACUGUCUCCAGAGUCCAAACAAUCCCAAUUCCUAGAAAUACUAAGUAUGAUGAACAAUUUGUCAGUUUUUUUUAAUGUAUUCAUGUAUAUACACAGAAGCAAAAUGUAAUGGUUUUCCAACCACAAUGGGACCAAGUUUGUAUAAAUCCUUGCUCUGCAGCGUGGUGUGGAGGAUAUGAGAUGAGGAAGUAAGCAGAUGAAAUAACAUGGGUGGAAAUGAAAUGCACCAACUAUGCACAGACACAGGCAUGAUCAGUUGCAUUUUUUAAAAACCUGAGCCCUUAUAAGAACUUAAUUAAGUUUCUCUAAAAUUUCUGAUCCAAAGCUUUAAAGGUGAAUCCAUGACUUUAACACUAGCUUUGAGAGGCUUAACCGUGGGUUUCACACAAGAGCAUUAAUUAAUCUUGCUUCAAUUUUCUAACUUGUUUUCUUGGACUUUAUAUAAAACAGUCCAUUUUUUAAAAAUGGAUUAGCAAUGAUAAAAGGCAUUUCCAGAGAAAUAUGUCACCUGAAAAACAUUUUGAAUAUCACUGUUUUCACUCACCUACAGGGCACAGAUUAUUUCGACAAUAACCACCCCAAACAGAUUUGAUGCAAUCUCUUUACAAAUUUAGCCAUCACAGACAUAUGCACAAUCUAUACCACAGUAGUGAGAUGAGGCAAUAAAAUGAGGUUUCAUUGAUUCGAGCCUAUGCUUAAUGCUAAGAAAAUGAUUCCCAACAGAGAUAGGGGUUUGAGUAGUAUUCUUAAUAGGAAAAAGAGAUGGCAAGUUGUUAAUAAAUUUGAGAGAAUUUAAGGUUAUUAGCCCAAGAAAAUGUAGCUGCAAAAGGUGGUAACCCAGUGUUUUGUUCCACAAUUUCCUCUCUAUGCUGUACUUUCAUUAAUCCCCAAAGCAUUCUUGAUUCUGAUUCUUUGUGCAAUUAUCAUGCAAUGUUGUCUUCUUUCAGUUUGAAAGAGUCACAUAAAUUAAGCAUCUAGUGUUGAAGGUUUAUUCUUUUAUAUUUUGUAAGGCAAUGAAGCAUACAGCCCUUCCAAUGGAGGUUUCUACUCUUUUCUUCAUUCAGGAGUUGUUUUUGAACUUAAGAGGUGCUGCUCUAGAGACAGAAAAAUAUUGACCCUCCCCACCAAAAGUCCCUGAGAAAAAGCAUCAAAAAUUUUUUUCAGGUAUUUGUAGUGAUAUAAAGUGAAAGAGAACUAAACUAAUAUGACCAGCUAUCAGUUCUCAUUUACAACCCUGAUUCUUUUUAGUUAAGGGAAAAAAAAAACAUUUUGGGUCUUAUUAAUAGUAAGCCCACCAAAGUAAAAGUAAUACCACCAAAGUAUUAUGCAUAUCAGAAAAAUUAAAUGAAUGGCCCUUUCCCUUCUAUGAGAUUAUGGAUCAUGAGUUUAAUAACAAGAAUGAACCACCAAAAAACUGGGAAGCUUAAAAUGUAAAACGGGGCAAGAGACAGAAAAGAAGUAUAGGGUGGAAGGGUGGAGAUAAGGAAACAGAGAACAUGAAGGUUGCUAAAGGAAGGUAUGCUAUCUUUGAGAAGGCUCCAAAAUUAACUCUCAACCUAAACUGCACUUUAAUAUAAAGUCAAAACUCCAGACCAACAGCAUCGAUCAUACAGCCACCUUCUGCAAAUCCUUGUGAUUUGUUUUUGUUUUUGCAAAAGGUGCCUUACAUACCUACAACUGUCUAUUCUGUUCGGUUGGGGAAAUGAGCUCACCAUAGUGAGGAAAAUAUUAGAGGGAAGUUAACUCCGACUUAGAAAAUAUGGAUUAUUUUAGUUGUCUGUAUUGACAUUAAUUUAAUUUUUUGAUUGUCCGAUUAAAGGGAAGAUUUGGGGAGGGGGUAUAGAGCUUCCUCACACACAAUUAUGAUUCUUUAAGAGUUUACAGUUUAACCAAGAAGAGUGAAAGCAGUUUUAUUUUCCUUAAAUCAGCCCAAUGGUGCUAUUUCACAUACCCACAAAGCUGAAAGGAAGUACUGUAAUUUUGGGCUGCAGUGUUUCCUCCACAUCUGAAGAAAGCCCAUUCUGAAAGCGAUCACUGCACUUACACAAAUAAAAGAAUAUCCUGGUUGUGUGCAAUUCUUGAGAUUGGGCAUUUGUGUUAUUCUGGUUUUAUCCAAUUAUCUUGCAUAAACAAUUAGAUGUUUUGUGAACUAACGUGUACUAAGUAAGAAAAUGAAGGACAAGAAAAUAUCUGUGGAAGAAAAAGUUUGUAUAUUAAAAAAGUGACCCAAA